GCUGCUGACUGGAUCAGUGACAGCAGCAGCAGUGACCGAGAGAGGUCCGCACAAGAGAGUUCAUCCACAAAUGGGCCAUCGUAACAACUAGCACUUCUUCUACUUCCAGCCAUCCGCACCUUCCAACCGCAUCUGGUGCCAGCAACAUCAUCCUGCUCCUACAGGUUACCAUUUUCCAUCUUUGAGCGGUUUUACACCUAAGGUUGGAGAAAAUGGCAGCAAUUCCAUCAAGUGGCUCCCUCAUCGCCACCCAUGAUUACUAUAGAAGACGCCUCGGGUCCACGUCUAGCAGCAGCUCUUGUGGCAGCGUUGAGUACUCAGGAGAAGUCAUUCCACACCAUCCAGGACUUCCAAGGCAGGACUCUGGUCACUGGUGGACUUCAUUUUUCUUUGCAAAACAGAACCAACCUGGCAUGCAGAAUGGUUCUGAAAAUCAAAAGAACAGAACCUACACAGUGGCCGACGGUCAGGUGACCUGCAUCGCCAGGGAAAUGGUUUCGAAAAGACAAGCCAGUGAAAGCAGCGAAAACGGGAAGUUUGAACCAGCAGCACCUCCACCAACGGCCUCCUAGACCCACGUCUCCCUGCCUCUACCUCACCCAUUUCCCACCCCUCUCACCCUCAGCUUGCCAUCCAUGACAUAGUCCAACACUGGAGAUGGACACAAUGGUUUUGAUGAGGGCGUUUUUGCACCUUUAGUCAGUAGAGUUGGCUUUUUUUGGUUUUGCUUGUGUAUAUUAUCUUUGUAUUAUGACCAAAGGUUUAAAAUAAAAAAGCUCAAGUAUGUACAAAAUUUUUCAUGUUCUUACAAUACUGUUAUAUUAACAAUAAAAUGCUUCCAGUCAGCA